CAAGAUUAGUGAUAACAAUCUUGAAUCACGUUAAUAAUAUAACAGCAAUUUAUUGUUUAUGUAAUAAGUAAACAGUAAACAUUGUAAACAUAAUGUUUAAAUUUGCAUGAAUUAACCGCCACAUUUUGUUUCAACUUCAAAAAUGAAUACAUAUUACAAGUAAGUAGUUUUAACACUUAUAUUUCAUUAAUACUGUUAAAAAGAACCAUAAUGGAUGAAUUCGUAAGACAAACGUUAACAAUUUCUGUUGCCCAAAUAUGUAAUAAUAUUGGGUGGCACUCAAUAACAGACUCUUCGAUGAAAAUUAUGACUGACAUACUUCACCACUAUAUCAGUGAUUUGUCAAUAACUUCUAAAAAAUACGCAGAACAUGCAUAUAACAAUGUACCUGAUAUUGAAGACGUGGAAAAGGCUUUUCGUCAGAAAUCUGUAUCAUUGAAUGAGUUACGUAGAUAUAUUAAAAGUACUGGUCCAGUUAAAUUUCCUCAUAAUUUACCUCUUUUAAAUAUAUCAGGAAAGAAUGUUUUAAAUACACUGAAGCCAGGAAGUAGGGAAAUGUUAACUAGACCUAUUCAUAUUCAUGAACACCUCCCAACAUUGUAUACAGAACAAAUUGAAGAGGAACAAGCAACAGAUACAGAACAAAGUCAAAAUAUUAUAACAAAUACUAAACAAGAACCAGAAGAAGUUAUUUUACACAAACGGUUAAGAGAGAUUUCAAGUGUAGUCAUGACAUCUGGUGGGUUUUUAUCACCAUCUAGAGAAGGCAGAUUGGCAGACUCUAAAUUAUUGCCAUUUCCAGAAAUCAAAAUUGAUAAGCCUCUUGAAACAUCUAAACUGUCCGUUAUUUUACCUAAUUUAGCAAAAGAACCAUCACCAAGGAUUUUAAAAAACAAAAAGAAAACUAAAUCAGGGUCAAAGAAAAAACUUAAAGCUUCUAAAACGCAAAAAUUACUAUUACAACAAAAAGAACAAAAAAAAGAAGUAUUGAAAAAUAAAAAGGAAGAAAAAAUGCUAAUACCAGAACCACCAUCUAUUAUUCCAGAACCUGUUAUAGAGGAUAUAAUUGAUAUUGUAAAUGUAACUGAAAAGGUACAGGUUCCGAAAAAGGUUAUUCUUACAUCCCAUACUAACAAAGUGAAAAUGGAAGAAGUUCUACCUAAAUUUUCAUUUUUUGGUCCUUUACCUCCUGGACCUGGAUUAAUACCAACUACAUUUCCACAAAUAAUUAAUCCUGUGUUAAAUGUACCUGAUAUAAUAGAAAAACCAACCAGUCCAGUAUUACAAGUUGAAAAUGACGAUAUUAAUCGCAAAGAACAAAAGAAAAAGAAAAAAGACAAGAAAAAGGGGAAAAAAGAAAAAAAAAAGCAAAAAGAUAAAGUUAAGGAAAAGGUAAAAGAAAAAGAGAAGGAGAAAGAAAAGAAAAAAGAUAAAUUAAAAUCUACCAAUAAAGUGCCAAAACUAAAAUUUAGAUUUGGGUCUCGAUUAGAAACCACAACUAAAGUUUUACCUGUUGAAAAAUCACCAGAAACAAAUAUAACUUUAGUUUCAGAACCUGAACCAAUGGAAGUUGAAGUGGACAUUGAAUCAAAAUCAGACAUUUCUAUAGAUAUAUUACAUGACAUUGAUUCUCCUCCUAAAGUUCCUAUUCAAAAACUUAAAACUAAAAUUGUUGCAAAACCCAUUCAGCCUGCAGUUAUACCUCCUCCUGUAAAUGAAACUCCUCCUCCAGCAUUCUAUUUUGAUGAAGCUGGUAAUCAAGUAUGGAUAUGUCCUAUGUGCACUAAACCAGAUGACGGAAGCCCAAUGAUUGGAUGUGACGGAUGUGAUGUAUGGUAUCAUUGGGUGUGUGUCGGUAUCCAGUGUCCUCCAGACUGUGCUGUUUGGUUUUGUCCAAGAUGUUUGGCCAAACGAGCACAACAACCAAAAGGUAAAAGAGGUAGACCACGUAAAAACAAAUGAUAGUAUGUUAUAGUUACAUUAAAAUAUACUCUAAAUUUACAUUUCUUUUAUUAAUUUUAAGAUUCAUUUGUAUUUAAAAAUAAAUUUUGUAUGGUAUUUAUUUGAAUUCCUAUUCACUUACAGUUUAAAUUAAAUGUUAAAUUACUCUUCCAAGUUAAAGCAAGUUUAAGUACAUUCAAUAUUACAUAAAAUACUAUUAAGUUUAAUUUGACAUUUUCUGUGUAAAUUGAUCUCAUGUACAAACAGAACAAAACAUUAACUGAUUUCUUCUAUAAUUAUAUAUUAUAAAAAUUACUUCCCAAAUAAAUACUCGAUAAUAAAAAAUAAACAUGUCCAUGAAUUGUACUUUUAAUUUUUCAUACAACAAAUUAUUAUUAUAUUAUGAAAUAUAAAAUAUGUUAACGUUAAGGCAGAAACUUAAAAGCAUACAAUUUAUUUAUUUAAUGUUUUAAUGUUUAAAGUCAAUUUAUAUAUUUAUUUAGUUGCAUUAAGAUUGUAUCAAUGCUAGAAUAAAAAAAGGGGUCUAGACUACCAUUUAUGAUAGGAUGUAUUAGUAACCAUUAUUAAAUACAUGUAAAUGUUAAAAUAUGUUGAUUUAUUACAAAUAUAAAAUAACAGUAUUAUACCACA